AUGGGCGGGAUGAAUUAGAUUUAGUUGAACGAAAUUCAAGAAAUGACUUGUGAAGAUAAACAGGAGUGCGUGCAUGUCUGUGUGUUUCAAAGAGAGAGAGAGAGAGAGAGAGAAAGUGACAGAUAGAAAAAGAGGGAGAGAGAAAAUGGUCAAGUUCUGCAAUCACAGCCAGAGCCUGGCAGUAGCAGGAUGUUUCAGCCCAGAUAUGAGCCAGUGUUCCCGACCCACCCCGUCAAUCCCUCUGAUCCUGCUAUUCCAUAAUGUCACACCAAACGUUUUAAAGCUCAGGAGUUUCGGAUUUAACGUACCAUCACACACCUGCUUUACGUCUCAGUGGACCAAUAGGAUCCAGGGCACAUGAACUGAGAGGAGUCGCCUGUAGUGACAGCGGUGCAAUCGGACACGGUUUUCUUGCUCUUGAAACGGGCUGCCCUCUUGGCGCGGAAUGCACUGGAUCUAGCAUGGAUUUUGGAGUUUUAUGUGACUUUUGAACAGAGUAGAAGGGGAGGGGGUAAAGACGAAAAAGGAGGAGAAGAAACCUUGGAUAAGUAUUGCAACCACCAAGGAAGAAAGGGUGGGGGGCGGAGACAGGUGGGGAGGGUGAUGGGAAACGUCAACAAGGCUUCUAACAAGGACAGCAACAGGAAAGAGGGGGCUUCACCUUUACAGCAAAGCGACACGCCGUUGGCUGCGGCCAUGCUAGGUUCCCUGGGCGGUGCAGGGGAGGUGGACUCAGAGGACGAGGACGAUGAGGAGGAAGGAGGGAGCAGGCGUGAAUUCGAUGACCCCCUGUGCACUCUGGUUAAGAACUGCAACAUGCUGCACAACAUAGUGGGGCCGGCUUGUAUCUUCCUCAGACAGGGAUUCGCUCAAAGCCAGCUUGACAGAGACCUCCGACCAGAGGAAAUGGAAGAACUGCGUGAGGCCUUCAGGGAGUUUGACAAAGACAAAGAUGGCUUCAUUAGCUAUAAGGACCUGGGAGAGUGCAUGAGGACUAUGGGAUACAUGCCGACCGAAAUGGAACUUAUUGAGCUCAGCCAGCAGAUAUGUGGUGGCAGAGUGGACUUUGAGGACUUCGUGGAACUUAUGGGUCCCAAAAUGCUUGCAGAGACUGCUGAUAUGAUCGGAGUGAAAGAGUUAAGGGAUGCUUUCAGAGAGUUUGACUCUGAUGGUGACGGACAGAUUAGCCUUGGGGAGCUAAGGGAAGCUAUGAAGAAGCUAAUGGGCGAACAGCUCAACCACCGCGAGAUUGACGAGAUUCUGCGAGACGUAGACCUCAAUGGAGACGGAGAGGUGGACUUUGAAGAAUUUGUGCGGAUGAUGUCCCGCUGAAUCUCCUGCGAGCUUCGGUCUCCUCCACUGAAACCAAGAUGGACCGGACUGUGUACUGUUAAGUCUUUUCAUAUGUACAAAACAAAUUGUUGGUCUGUAAUUUUUCACUUACCUCUCAGGUAGACCCAUUAGCUUGUUUCUCCGUUGUAAAAAUGUAUUAUGUGAAUAAUAACAGAUUAUAGAUUAAUGACUACAAUGCUUGCCGAAAUAAUUAAAAUGUGAAGAUCUGUAAAUGUAUAAAGUAACUGUAUUUAAAUUAACCUUUAUUUAGAUGCAUUGGUUGGCACUGAAAGUUAAUUUAGACAACAUACUAUAUAUAUUUUUUUGUUUAUUUUUGCAAAUUGUUAGAUACAGCAGUUUACAUUUUCAGAAAAAUAUUUA